UAAAGCUCUUUUUUACCCACCGGACUUAAAAAAAAAAAAAAAAAAUUUCCAGGUGCCGACGCUUCUUCUCCUCUCCUUCCGUUUAAUCGCUUCAUUGUCACGCAACCUUUGAUCCACCGCAGGCAGCUAUGAAGAUCACCGCCUUGCUUGUUCUCAAGGCCGCUCCCGAAACUACGGAUCCCGUCAUCCUCGCCAACGCUUCGGACGUCUCUCACUUCGGCUAUUUCCAGCGAUCCAGCGUCAAAGAGUUCGUCGUCUUUGUCGGUCGCACUGUCGCGAGCCGCACCCCUCCUUCCCAGCGCCAGUCCGUCCAGCACGAAGAGUACAAGGUUCACGCUUACAAUAGAAAUGGCCUUUGCGCGGUGGGAUUCAUGGACGAUCAUUAUCCUGUUCGUAGUGCCUUUUCUCUUCUCAACCAGGUCAUAGAUGAGUAUCAGAAGAGUUUUGGCGAGACAUGGAGGUCUGCUAAAGAAGACUCCGCUCAGCCCUGGCCUUACUUAGCCGAAGCUCUUACCAAAUUUCAGGACCCAGCUGAGGCUGAUAAGCUGUUGAAAAUCCAGAGGGAGUUGGAUGAGACCAAGAUUAUCCUUCAUAAAACGAUUGAUAGCGUUCUAGCCCGUGGUGAGAAGCUGGACAGCUUAGUGGAGAAGAGCUCAGAUUUGAGCAUGGCGUCGCAGAUGUUCUACAAGCAAGCGAAGAAAACGAAUUCAUGCUGCACCAUUCUGUGAGCUUCAACUCUGGAUGUCCUAAGGUAUAUAUAGUCAACCAAACUUCUGCUGGGGAGACUCUGUUUUUCAUUUUUAUGUAAUCGAUCACUUUGAAAUUCCACAAGACUCGGGUCGUGCGGUGUGCUAUCCAUUUACAUUUCAGUUACAAGUGUCUUUGCCAUAUUUAUAUGAUUGCUAUAUGAUUGCUUUUGUUCAUGUUCUCACUUUGAUACCUUUAUGUAUAACACAAUUAUGCUACGCAAA